AUGCAUAACCCAAGCACCCUCUCCCGUACGGAGACUUGGCGUCUACUAGCUCUUGUCGGGGCCGGUUUAGCGAUCCUCAACACCACAUUCCAGGGUGACGGGGCGCCUCUAGUCGCUUCAAUUGCGCUAUGUGGUAUAGUAUUUGCAGUGGCUUUUAGUCUGAUUAGAUGGCUCGGACCUGUGUUUUUGAAGGCGGGGUUAAAGGGCAAAGAUAUGGCAAAGCCCAGUCGGCCCGAAAUACCUGAAACAAUGGGUGCAGUAUGCGCAGUGGUGUAUCUGAUGUCGCUCAUUAUGUUCAUCCCAUUUGCCUUCUACAAGGACAUCGUGGCAGCCACAUCUGGCGGCGGAAACCGUGAUGUUGUGAUCGAGUCGCAACAUAUUGAGAGCGGCCGAUUUUUGCACCGGUUUCCGCAUGGAAAGCUCGCCUCUUACCUUUCUGGUCUUUUGUCUUUGCAAUCCGUCGUGAUUCUGGGAAUCGGCGAUGACUUGUUCGAUAUUCGUUGGAGACACAAAGUUCUGAUCCCUGCUUUGUCCGCAAUUCCUAUGCUCAUUGUGUAUUUUGUUGACUUCGGCGUCACGCAAGUCGUCGUUCCCGUGCCCCUGCAGCCUUACCUGGGUGACAUUGUCGACCUUGGAUGGCUGUACUACAUGUACAUGGCAGCGGUUGCAAUUUUCUGUCCAAAUGCAAUCAAUAUGCUGGCAGGCAUCAACGGUAUUGAGGUCGCUCAAUCACUCGUGAUUGCGUUCCAAUUGCUAUUCAAUGAUGCGAUGUACCUUGCACCUAUCACGCCAUACCCGCACCCUGCUACCGACUCACAUUUGUUAUCGAUCUACUUCCUGCUUCCAUUUAUCGGUGUAUCAGCGGCUCUUCUAUAUCAUAACUGGUAUCCAUCAAAAGUCUUCGUGGGCGAUACCUAUUGCUAUUUCGCGGGAAUGGUCUUUGCUGUGGUUGGUAUUCUAGGACAUUUCAGCAAAACACUGCUGCUACUGUUCAUUCCCCAGAUUUUCAACUUCCUGUACUCCACUCCUCAGCUGUUCAAACUGAUCCCUUGUCCUCGUCACCGAUUGCCCAAGUUCAGCGCCUCUACUGGGUUAUUGGAUGCCUCUGUCACGGAGUGGACGAACCCCCCAUCCCCUCUGAUCGAUGCUGCACUACGCUUGUUACAUACUCUGAGACUUGUGCGGAUCACUGAAGAUGAAAAUGGUCGGAUCACUGAGUCGACUAAUCUGACUAUUCUGAAUCUUUGGUUAGUUUGGAUGGGUCCAAUGCGAGAAAACCAACUUGCGUGGCACAUGGUUGCAGUACAAACUGUUUGUGGGAUGCUCGGUCUAUUCGUGCGACAUCGCCUUGCGUUACUCGUGUUUCACCACGAUAACAGGGAGUUUGGUUUCAUCGCAUAG